AUGGAGUCUCUGCUGUCUUUGUCGUUUGACUACCUGUCUUCCCACGAUGGCAUCAAAGUCCGCAAAGGCCUCCGCCAACUGGAAGGUUUACUCGCCCAAAUAUGCCUUUCCAGAUCAAGCAGUGGUCCAGACAGGCGGCAUUCGAUAGCAGUCACUAGUGAUGCGACACAGCAGGAGCGGAAAGAGUUGGGCCAACUGAAGGAUGAUCCAGCUUUUCGUGAAUUUUUCAAAUUACAGGAAGGAUUUCAGUGGAACGUUGCCAUGCGUCUUACAAUGACUCUCGAAGGCUUACUUUCGCGAUCAUCAACUGGCGCGAACGACCUCCUCCUAGUCUCAACUCUCGACCUCCUACAAGGUAUCCUACUUAUGCAUCCUCCGUCUCGCGCUCUCUUCGCCCGUGAGAUCUACAUGAACCUUCUCCUUGACCUUCUCGACCCAUCAUCUUGUCCUGCGAUUCAGUCAUCGACCGUGCUUGUCCUAGUCACCGCGCUGUUGGAAGUUCCGAAGAAUGUACGCUGCUUUGAACGAGUCGAUGGCUUGCUGGCUAUCACAAGCCUGUUCAAGAAUGGUAGUACAGGGCGAGAAGUGAAAAUGCGGAUUGUCGAGUUCUUUUAUUUUUAUUUGAUGCCUGAGACGCCAGUCGGAAAUGCAGGUGCCGGGAAUGGCUUGCAGAGGACACCAAGCAAGCGGCUUGGGAGCAGCGUUGGAGUACGAGAAGGUGAUACGAAGACGAUGGAGGAGAAACAAGCAUUUCUUGGAAAGUAUCUCAACAAUGUCGAGGAUUUGGUUGAGGAUUUGCGAGAAAGCGCAUGGGGUACUGUGCUCAAUUAG